CGGCUGUCUUCUCCUCCUUCUUAAACCCCUUCGCUGCUUCCUUCGCUUCCCGGCCAUCUCCUUCUCUUCUUCUUCCUCCUCCUCCUUCGCCGUCAUGGACUUGUUCGACCGCGCUAAGGCGGUGCGCCUCCGUAGCUACCACGGAAAGUACCUUACGGCCGACGAGGACGAGGAGCACGUCACGCAGAGCCGCAACGGCUCCGCCUCGGGGGCCCGCUGGGAGGUCGAGUUCCUCCCCGACCGCCCAGCGCUCCGCCUGAGAAGCUGCUACGGUCGCUACCUCGCCGCCUCCCCCGAAUCCUUCCUCCUCGGUUUCACCGGAAAGAAGGUCGUCCAGCUCCUGCCCUCCCUCGACCGAUCCGACCCUUCCUUAGAGUGGGAGGCCUUUCGCGAGGGCUUCCAGGUCAAGCUUAGGAGCCACGCCGGAAAGUUCCUCCGCGCCAACGGCAGCCUCCCGCCCUGGCGCAACUCCGUCACGCACGACCUCCCCCACUACACCGCCACACAAGAUUGGGUCCUAUGGGACGUUAACAUCGUCGAGAUUCUUCCUUCUUCUUCUGCCGCCGCCGCCGCCGCCACCACUGUGAAGCCUAAACUCGCCCCUCCUGCUGCCUCCAUAAAGCGGCCCCCUUCUCCGCCUCCUUCCCCUCCUCGCCCGUUGCAGCAGAAACCCCCUUUCGCCGCUGAUAUUUCUUCACCUUCUGCGACUUUUGAGCCAGAUGACCUUCACGAAGCUUCCUUCUCGUGGUCGACCUCUUCUUCCAUCUCCGAUUCUUCUCCUCACGCCUACACCGUUCACUCUCAGCCGUCCUCCACUCCACAGAAAUACCCUUCUUUUGCUGCACCAGCUCCAGUCCCAGCUGUGGCACCGGCGCCAGCAACCACACCAGCACCGGCACUUUCUCGGACCAUCUACUACACUGUAGCAGAUGACCGUGGCAAUUUAGACGAUGAUUUUGAAUGGCCUUCCAUGACUUUUUCGGGAACAAGUGUGCCCGAAUUGACUAGAAUUUUGAAGAAGUUGACAAUGCUGGAUGAUAUAAUUGUGUGCACUCGCCACCCUCUAAGACACAGCCUCAGUCCUGUUUAUUUGCAGCUACCGCCAAACAAUAGAACGAUGUGGCUUGUGGUGGUGGAUGCUGAGUCUAGCUUUGGUAGAAGCUUCGAUAUCUGAAAGCGCAUCUAUGCUAAAUUCUGAGACAACAUUCUUGCCUUUUCAUUCUUUCCAAAGCAUGUCAAAUGCUACUAUAGUAACUGGAAGAGCCUGCUCAUGCCUUCAGCUUAUUCUAUGAUUCAUGUCGGUUGAUUUCCUACACGAGUCAGCGAUGUCGAAGGCUGAAAUCAUCAAGGUACAUGGCAACCAACCUACAGAUGGGUCCUUGUACGCAGUAUAGUUUGAAAUUUUGUUUCAUUUUAUAGAUAUAUAGCUUUGAACAAAAUAUACAUGUGUAAUACUUGGAAUACUAGGAAAUGGUACUAUAUGGUGGAUAAGAAUAGGAAAGAUUGUAAUUUGUAUGUAAUUUUUGAGAGCUUGUGUUUUAUUUUUGUUCUAAAAGGUUGUGGAAUUGAAUUCGGAUUGCUUUGCCCGGUCA